CGAUAAAGCGCCGCCGCCGCACCACCGUUGGCGUUCCUUUCGGCUACUCCUCCCGGUGCUUGCCCAUGGCCGUGCUCAUUCGAUGGACGGCCUAUUCUGUCUCCUCUCUGGUUUGCUUUCCUUCUACAAAUGCUAGUGCUCGCCUAAAUCUGCCACGAGGAUCCUUUUCCAGAUUUUCCGGCGGUCGCCCCUUCUCGACUUCGCCGAUCCAUCAAGAAUCUGUACUGGGUUUAGGCGAUCCUGCGAGCUCCAAAGUUACGUUGAAGGGGAUGGAUUUUCGAGAACUCGAAAAUUGGGUUCAGUCUCAAGGAUUUAGGUCCGGGCAGGCAUUGAUGUUGUGGAAAUGCCUCUACGGAAACAACAGUUGGGCACAGAGCUGCGAUGAAUUGACAGGGUUAAAUAAAGAAUUUAGAAAAAUGCUGACUGCAAAUGUUUCUCUAACGGCAUUGUCACUGAAAGAAGUUCUAACAGCAUUAGACGGAACUCGAAAGAUUUUGUUCACGUUGGAAGAGGGAUCAGUGAUCGAAACAGUUGUCAUCCCCUGCAGACAAGGGAGAACUACUGUAUGUGUUUCUAGUCAAAUUGGCUGUGCCAUGAAUUGUCAGUUCUGCUACACUGGGAGGAUGGGCUUAAAGAGGCAUUUGUCAACGGCAGAAAUUGUUGAACAAGCUGUGUUUGCACGCAGGUUAUUCACAAGCGAAUUGGGACCCAUCACAAAUGUGGUAUUCAUGGGCAUGGGCGAGCCGUUGCACAACAUAGACAAUGUCAUCAAAGCAGCUGCCAUAAUGGUUCAUGACCAAGGUCUCCAUUUUAGCCCAAGGAAAGUCACUGUUUCGACCAGUGGACUUGUUCCUCAGUUAAAACGGUUUCUCCGUGAAUCACCAUGUGCAUUGGCGGUUAGUCUAAAUGCUACUACAGACGAGGUGAGAAAUUGGAUUAUGCCGAUCAACAGGAAGUACAAACUGAGCCUCCUCCUCAACACAUUAAAGGAAGAACUCUCAUCUAAACACAAGUACAAAGUAUUAUUUGAAUAUGUGAUGCUUGCUGGAGUGAAUGACAGCAUAGAGGAUUCCAAGAGGCUUAUUGAACUUGUUCGAGGCAUUCCUUGCAAGAUAAAUCUCAUCUCAUUUAACCCUCAUUGCGGAACUCUGUUCAAGCCGACUGCAAAGGAUAAGAUGAUUGAGUUCCGCAACGUCCUCGCAGAAGCAGGCAUCGCUGUGUUCUUGCGACUCAGCAGGGGGGACGAUAAGAUGGCAGCUUGUGGGCAGCUAGGAAAGCCUGGAGAUGUGCAAGCGCCAUUGCUUCGUGUUCCUGGGAGAUUUCAAAUGGCUGUGUAACGUACCAGAGUUGAUUUAGCAGGUUUAAUCGUCGUUUUAUUUUCAUCUCAUCAUGUUCAGGAACUAACCAAGAAAUUAGAAAAAUUCACGUUACCUUCUCAUUCUUCAA